GAUCAUUCUCAAAAGGUCUUUGAUAUUUAGAAAUAUUUUGAAAGACUUGGGAAAUUUGGGGUCUUUCUAGUCUACAUUGUCUGACGGAUAUUGAAAUCAAAGUUCCGUAAUUGAGUCUCUUCAUCUUAUUUAUAUUAAAGCGGAGUCAGGAUGGGAAAGUUGAGAGGUUUUCAGAUAGGCUUGGACAAUCUCCAGGGACUGUUUUGGGCGGGGCAGACUGUCAGCGGAAGGGCUGUCGUGGACCUCGAGUCCGAGAUGAAGAUGAGAGAAAUCAGGUUGACUUUUGAGGGGAAAGCAAAUGUGAGGUGGUCAGAGAGUCGUGGGUCUGGUAAAAACAGACACACUGUAACCUACAGAGCAAGUGAAUGUUAUUUCAACACUGAAUUAGCCGUGUUUGGAAAAGGCUUAAGUGGUGGAGAUGAAUACACCUUGCCUCCAGGACAACACGCAUUUCCUUUUUCAUUUGUAUUGCCUCCAAAUUUACCAUCUUCAUUUGAAGGGAAUCAUGGUUACGUGCGAUAUAUCGUUAAAGGUACCAUCGACAGGCCAUGGAGAUUUGACGAUCACACAGUUCUUGCAUUUUCAGUCUUAAGUCCUCUAGAUCUCAACCAACUACCCUUAGCCUCACAAGGGGCUGAGGCAACAGAUUCAAAGAACCUGUGCUGCUUGUGUUGUAAAUCAGGUCCAAUAGUAGGAACGAUAAAAGUACACCGGUUGGGCUAUGUUCCUGGAGAAUCUGUAUAUUUUGAGGCUAGUGCUCAGAAUAUGACAGGUCGUGAAUGUGGAAUGUCUGCUAACUUGGAAAUGGUAACCGUCUUUCAUGCGAGGAGUAAAAGUCGCUCGAGUGUACAAACCAUCAACAGCAUUCAGCACCAAAACCUUAAUCCUGGAGACACGAACGUUUGGAGUGGAGACAGAAUUAUCCUACCCCCUCUACCCCCGUCUUACCUUACCCACUGUAAUAUAAUUGACAUAAGAUAUUACUUAAAGCUGAUCAUCGAUCCCUCUGGUCCUGCGUUUGACCUGGUCGUUCCGAUUGAAAUUAUUAUUGGGACCGUCCCUCUACAUUCAGCUGUACAACAGUAUCAUCAAACAUUAUCAUCAGUCCGACCAUCGGCGCCACCGGAAAUCGCAAUGCCUGCCCCGUCAUACAACGAGUCUAUUCUGGGACCCACCAAUAUAACAGAGGAAGGGGAUGGUGAACACACACAAGGACAGCUAAACUUUACACCCACCUAUACGUACUAUAACUGGUCAAAAUAAACAUUGGACAAAUCACUAUACUGCAGGAGCAAGGUUACCAUUAAAAGGCCUAAUUUGGCGGUCUUCCUCCAAUUAAACUGUAUUGUACCUUCCUCGCAGCUUAUGUACAGUGCAAUUUAAUGACUUGUGUUAAAAUCAAAUCUCUUUAUUCACACUGUAUGUACAUGUAUGCACCAAAAAAGAGUAAGCAUUACUAGAAUAUUGGGUUAUUAGGCCUAGUUAAAACAUUUGAUUCAUAAUACAUUGACUAGCUAGAAAAUUGUCAGCUAAAACCUAAGUAAUUUCACUUUUUCAGAAAUUCACAUGGUCAAUGAAGGCCAUCAGCAAUUUAAUUUGAUUUCAAUUAAAGUGGGGUGGAUGUUUGUGAACAUUGAAAAUGGAAUAAUAUUGAGAGAAAAUUGAGAAUAUGUACCAUUUUUGAAUGUAAAACUAUUGGUUACUAUUUUUUUAAAUUAUAUUAUGAAAUGCAAGUACUAUUUAGAAUGACAGGGCAAUAUUUUCUUCAAAAAA